GGGCCGAGCUACUCUGGGAUCCUCUCCGGCUCCACAGCGCCGCUGGAGGAGGCCGGGGGAUGCGAGCCACGGGUCUGGCCUCCCGACACCAUGCUCGCUCUCCUGGGCUCGGCGGCCCUGGUGCUGGUGGCCGGGGCGUCUUGGGUGCUGCCUACAGCCUCAGGUAGAGAAGAUCUGGAACCUCCUGGGAACAUAGAUGUCUAUAUUAUAGAUGACAGCUUUACCCUAAAGUGGAGCAGCAACGAAGAGUCAGUGCACAAUGUGACUUUUUCAGCAGAAUAUCAAACAGAAGAGAUGGAGAACUGGUUAAAGAUGCCUGAGUGUCAACAUAUUACGGGGACCGAAUGCGAAUUCUCUUUACCGGAUGCAGAUAUUUACAUCCACAUGACAUUUCGUGUAAGAGCUGAGAAAGGAAAGCGCACUUCUUCGUGGAAUGAGGUCGAGCCGUUCAUUCCAUUUCAGAGAGCUCACAUUGGGCCCCCAGGAGUACGUUUGGAAGCUGAAGACAAAGCUAUAUUAGUCCACAUCUCUCAACCCGGAGAAGGUGGGAAGAUGUGGGCAAAGGAGAGUUUCAGCUUCAGCUACCAGAUAGUGUUCUGGCGGAAGUCUUCGGGUGUGCCUCAAAAUGUUACAACUAAUUAUUGCAUAGAAAAGAUUUUAAAACUGUUACCAGAGACUACUUACUGUUUAAAAGUUGAAGCAAUACAUCUGCACCUCAGGAAGCAGAGCAAGUUCAGUGAGGUGCAGUGUAUAAACACCACAGAGGCAAAUAGAUUGCCUGUGCCAGAAAACGUAGACGUGGAUGCCCAGGGUAAGAGCUAUGUUCUCAGCUGGGACUAUGCGUCUCCAAACGUGAGCUUCAGAGCACAGUGGCUCCCGCACUAUUUUAAAAGUAUUCCCGGAGGAUAUUCAGAUCAAUGGAGACCAGUGCCUGCCUGUACAAAUGUCCAGACUCCACACUGUGUCUUUCCUCAAAACACCAUCCACACAGUUACGUUCUUUCUCCGGGUACAAGCCUCAGAUGGAAACAACACAUCUUUCUGGUCUGAAGAUAAACUUAUUGAUUCCCGAAAAUACAUCUUCUCAGCUGCCAUUCCUCCUCCGACCAUCGCCGUCACUCCCACUGGGGAGUCUCUGCUUGUCGAUGUGAGCUGUCAGGACAGUUCCAGCAAGUGUCAGACACUAACUUACGAAAUAAUUUUUUGGGAAAUCUCUUCAAACACUAAGAGAAAAAUGGUGCAGAAAAGCCCAAAGUUCACCAUUAUGAACCUGCAGCCGCUGACUAUAUAUUGCGUGGAAGCGAGAGUACACUCCUUUGCCUCGUGGAACGAGAGCAGCAGCUUCAGUAACAGGGUGUGUGAGAAAACAAGGGCAGGAAACUCUCCUAUAAUCUGGGCCAUGGCUGGACUUGGCAUUCUGUUUUUUUGUGCCCUGGUCUUUUAUGCUGGGAGGAGCCUCCUGAAAGACCUCAGCCAUGCCUUUGCAUCACCCAAGCCUCCCCCAAGUAUCCAUGAGCUUUUCUCUGAGCCACCUUCGAAAAACCUUCUGCUUUUGACUCCUGAGGAGCACACCGAGAGGUGCUUCAUCAUCGAGAGCGUUACUGUAGCAGAAGAAAACCGUGCGCCUGAGGAAGAUCACAGAAAGUACAGUUUCCAGACCAGCCAGGACUCGGGGAACUACUCUAACGAAGAGGAAAGUACCGGGAGUGAGAGCAGCCAAGGGCUCAGGCCGUAGGACUGCGUCUGCCCGCAGUGGGCUCUUUCAGAGUUCCAUGUAGGAAGGCCGAGGAACACGCAUCUGUCCUCCUGGGGCCUGAGAGAGGGCAGCUGCUCCUCUGGAAAGGAGGGGCAUCUUCAGAGUGCAGGCCUGCAUAUGCGCAGCUCUCCACCGCUGAUGUGGAGGGCAUGGUCUGGAGUGAUGGACCUUCGUCUGUGAGGAGACCACCCGUUUCUGCUGCCAGCUGAAGUCCCGGGGUGCUGUCUUGUGCCACAGCGGUGGCCUGUUACUGUGUAUGCCAUCUGGUGUUCUCCUCCCACUGUUCAAUUUCUAGAAGAAUUCCAGAACAUUCGGCUUUUUAAUACUGCCGUAGCCCUAAGGUGUCUCAAAGGUGCUGUUGUCUGCACUGGCACUUCCUAACCCCUAACUUGGCACAGCAGUGGCCAGGUUAGAACUCAGAAGUGGCUGAAGCAGUGGAGAGGGGAACUCUCCAAGCUGAGGAGUUGGUGUUACAUAGUGGGUAGGCAGUCUGGCGCUGUAGGAGCAGAAGAUGCCAGCAGCAGACAGAAGUGGAAUAAUUCCGUAAAGAGGAAGCUGGAGCACCAUUGACAGCCCGUGCCGGUUUCUGUAUGUAGCUUUUCUGUCUUCCUUUGUAACCCAGGCUGACCUCUCCCAUCCCGCAGUACUCAGGGACCCCGUCUCAGCAUCCGUGUACCUAAAGAAACAGUGUCAAAUACUAAGGCGAAGGAAGAGUUGAUUGUGUACCGCCGUCUGUAGGUUCCUGUAACUAACUUUACAUUGCUGCUCAUGAGUGUCUGUUGUAGGCAGGUCAUCUAACGGUCCCUGUUAUGUUCCUUUCCCAGCUGCCUACGAAUGCGGGGCCUGCCCGCUGUAUGAGUAUUUACAGGUGUGGAUACAUGUAUGUAGAUGUGUAUAUAAAGUACAGAGCCCAGCAGGCUAUGAUACUUCAGACAACCUCGUAUUUCUCUUGGGCCCUGGGGGCAGGUGUUGCCGAAGCCCCCACCCCCAGUGUAGCCUCCUGUACCUGGCCUGCAUCGUUCCUUCUGUGUCUGUCUCCCCUCUAGUGCAGAAGCUUCGCAUAGGGACCAAGUUCCCCGAUGUGCCCCAGCCCCAUCAUAGUGCAGUACUCGGCACAGACGUCUGUCCUUUUGUCUGUCUGCCGGAGGGUCUGCUGCCAUGGUUUCACAGAACAAACACUGGAGCCAAAACUUGGGGUUUGGGCGGGUGCUACUUUGAACUUGGCUUCUGUGUGCCAGGGGUGCUGAGACGGUACCCUCCAAAGACAUUCCCAGCAGUAGGGCACGCGGACGGUGUCCUGUGGCCAGCAGCCCUGCACAUGGCGUCCUGAGGUGAGCUGUGUAGGACUGUUGCCCUCUGGCUUCUGGGACCCAGACUGCUCCCUCGCCAGUGUCUGUCACUGCUCCCUCCAUCCACGUGUCCUGAGAUCCCUUCUGCUCCAACUCGGGAGCCUCGGAGGGUGAACACAACUUGUGUUUGUCAGUUUCCUUCCUCGCAGUGGAGGAAAUAAUAAAUUUAUCUUUAUUCCUAA